AUGCCAGGCCCUGAUUUUGUUGCUGGCUUCUUAAGAAGACAUCAAGAUAAAAUAUCGGUCAGAAUAAGUCAAAAUAUAAAAAGAUCUAGAGCAUCUGUAUCUCCUGAAAUCAUUGAAUCAUAUUUCGAUGAACUUAUGAUAUCUUUAGAAGGCGUGCCAUUUGCCAACAUAAUAAACUAUGAUGAAACGAAUUUAUCAGAUGACCCAGGCAAGAGAAAAGUCAUAACCAAAAGAGGUGUCAAAUACCCGGAAAGGGUUAUGAACCACAGUAAUCGUCCACGUCAUUAA